AUGCUAUCCUACAGUGAACCGGUACCCCGACGGGAUAUGGUUGAUUCGCUGCCAGUUCGUAUGCAUAGACCACGUUCUGGCCCUGGGACUGAGAGCUCUGUUGGAAGACAUUCAGCGUAUCGUACAACCAACCAGGCCACAAACACUACUCGUCAGUUUGACCGUCCUCCUUCUCAGUCCGACUUGGGAUUUCUGCCGAUGGAGAACAUGAACCCAACACUAUCUGAAUCCAGAAAAUUGAUAUUUGAAGCUAUGAUUUGCGACGAUGGGUACUCUACAAAGUCGUCACCUCACGACGAUGACAGCGAUGGCUCGGAAUAUUCUGUAUCGUCUUCUUUGGCAGAUGCAAUGGCGCAGGUUUGGAAUAGUAGUGAUAGCUCACAGCAGCAUCAAGUGCCGAGAAAGCAACCUGAUGCUGUCAGUGAUCAAUCUGCACAAACGAAAGAGCACAAUAUCCUGCCAUAUUCAGUACUUAUGGGAAGCUUGGCAACUAUAUGGCCAAGCUGCCCACCGGAGAUGGACCAUGCGCCUCAAAUAGUCAAGUGGGAGAUGCAUCGUAUCGCGCACCAUUGUUCCGUUACAUUGGAAAAUACCUCGGUGCAGUACACUCCAGCUUGGGAAGACCAAACUUUGUUUCGUGAUGCUAUGAAGGAAAUGCGCUGUUUCAAAGGGAAAUCAUUUCCAGAACCGUGCGAUGCACAAGUCUGGCACGAAGGCUUUACCGAUAGUUUUCAACCCAGUGAAGCCGUGAUUUUCAAGGCACUGCUUCAUUUGGAUCUCAAAGCUGGAGAUGUGAGGCUCAACUUUGAAAUUCCAACAUUAGACAAACGCUGCAGACUCCGUCGGAAAUUUGCCUCUGACAGAUUCGUCGAUCUCCGGUUGUUGAUCACAAAUCGGCCCGGGGCUGACAAUCUAGAAAAAGCAUUAGCAAGAUGGUUCGUGAACAGCCGUCAUAUGUUCCUUUCUCGCGAAUGGGCGGCGUUCUUUAUUGAUGAUGUCAAGAAAAAGACUACAAGCGCAGCAGCUGAACGGGGUUUCACUGAAGAACAACAAGUGAUACUUUUUGCAGAACGAGGCCUUAGCAUUGGGCCAUACGUAGUAAGGCCUGCAACGCUCACUGAAGCCCAACCACCGGUCAUGGCUCUGCGUAACUACCAGUUCGACAAAAGAUCACCCACGGGCAACGUAAUGAAUGAUGGCAUUGGGAGAGUGUCUCUUGCUCUCAUGAGAAAGGUCCAGAAUGCUCUUCAACUUGAUUAUCUGCCAGCGGCCAUACAAGGCAGAAUAGGCAGCGCUAAAGGGCUCUGGGUCCUUGACAUAGGAACUCAACCGUCUGAGAUAUGGCUCGAAACAUACGAAUCACAGAGGAAAUGGAAUUGCGAUUGGAAAGACCCUGAGCACCGAACUCUAGAGGUUCUAUCUCAAUCAUCGGACCUGAAAACAGCAACCUUGAAUCACCAAUUCAUCUCGAUUCUGGAAAGUCGAUCCGUCGACCGACGCAACACACGAGCAGCGAUGGUCAAGCAUAUGAAAAUUAAUCUACAAACGAGUCUAGACCAUGCCAAAGAAUCAAUGAAACAGCCUGAGCUAUUCAGAAAGUGGAUUCAUGAGACGUCCUAUGCCAGUUAUGGGGGGAGGAACGAAUCCUGGUUUAUCGGGGGGUUACCAAAAAGUUGGGCAGAACAAAUGAGCUUCCUGUCAGAUGGAGGAUUUGAACCCCUUCAUCUACGGUAUUUGCACAAUCUCACUACCAACCACAUGGAGUCACAGUGGAAGAAUACGAAAGAGAAGAUGAGAAUCGAGAUUAGUCAGUCGACAUGGGCGCUCAUGGUAGUGGACUUUCAGGGAGUCCUAGGACCCGAUGAAGUCCAGUUAUGCUUCUCAAGUCCUUUUAACGACGGCUUUGAAAAACGAUACGAUCUUGAGGGUUUCGAUGUUAUUGUUGCGAGGUGUCCGGCGCAUCUACCAAGCGAUAUCCAAAAGGUCAAGGCGGUUUUCAAGCCAGAGCUCCGCCACUUGAAAGACGUCGUCGUAUUCCCUUUUGUUGGACAAGAGCCGCUCGCUGGCAAACUCUCGGGGGGUGACUACGAUGGCGAUAAAGCUUGGAUAUGCUGGGACGCAGACAUUGUCGACAACUUUCGAAAUUCCGAAGUGCCUCAAAAACCGUCUUUCAACGGGUAUUUCGAAGCAAACGAUCAUACAGUUGAGUCUCUUAUCUUGAAGCACGGCAAAUCCCACUAUUUGGACUAUUUACUAGAAGAGGCUUUCACGUUUCACCUGACUCCCAAGCUAGUCGGCCUUUGUACGAAUUACAAAGAGAGGUUAGCGUACGACAAAAACAGUAUCGAGGAUCCGUCUGUUAUAAACAUGAGUUGGCUCCUAAGCGCUUUGGUUGAUCAGCCAAAGAGUGGGUUCACAUUCAAUAAGAAAAUUCUGCAACGAUUUCAGAAGGAAUACUGUGAAAAUCAGGUUGACCUGAAGCAACCGGCUUACAAAAAGGGUACCAUUGGAAGAAUUUCUAAACCGUGCCACAUUUUUGAUUUCCUCAAAUACAAAAUGCAAGAAAUCAUUCAUCAGGGGCUAAGCGACCUUUACCAGUACCGAUCAAGCCAGAAUGGAGACAGUGGUACCUUGGAUGUGCCUACGUUUGACAAAGAUCUCGCUUCUUACUGGAAUGAAUUUGAAGCUGAAGCAAUGAAUCUGAUCCAUCAGCAAGAUUCAGGCUCAGACUGGCUUUCAGACAUGCGGUCGAAUCUCAAAAGAGACAUAGAUACAUGUCAUUCAUACUGGGUCGAAUUAAUAUCUGGCCGAAAUGGGAAAGUUAAUUAUUUGGCUAAAGUUGCUUCUGUGCACGAAAGAUGGGUUUCUAUAUCGCCACAGAUUGCCAAGAGGUCUGCUGUUACAGAAGCAGUAAUCUGUACCCUAACCAGGCCAUCGACUCACUCGCCACAGCUACAAACUUGGCAGCUUCUCAAAGCAAGCCUGACUUUCAAACUGUACCAUAAAACUGACAAGUUCUUGUGGUGCAUUGCAGGUCGUCAACUUCAGUUUAUCAAAGCUUCCAAAGCCGGGGCACCGAUUCCAGUUACACCAAGAACAUAUAAGGUGUUGCGGCCAGAUGGUAAGCGGAUUCAUCAGUCUUGUGUCAACGAAGACCAAAUGGUAGCGGAGGAUAACGGUUUUGGGAGCUCGAGAAACAGCAUUGGCGUUUUUCCGCCACCUCCUCCCACCAACUACUAG